ACGCGCGCGGGCCGGCAGUGGCGGUCGUACGUACGCGGCGGGACCAGAGCUCGCGCAUGCGCGCCCGUACCGUCCGCCGCCGAACGGCAGCUGUUCCGCGUGCACACGACCGGGGCCGGGACCGAGCCGGCCAGCUCGAUACCGCGCGCCGUCGCCCGUCGGUGUGGGCCCCACGCGCGUGAACCAGUGCGAGGACGACCGCCGCCGCGUCGCGUUACGUACCGCGCGGUUCUUUAUUUAGCGCGUGCGUUUUUCCUUGAGCGUCGAGCCCCCCGGACCCAGCCGGGGCCGGUGAAAAAGCCCGCCAAAAAGCAGACCCCCCGCCGCCGCCGCCGCCGCCAUGGAAGUCAAGAAACGGUACAUAUGGUCCGACCGGGAGACCGAACACUUUAUCAGGCUCAUCAUCGACAUGGGCAUGACCAACAUGUUGGACAGCAAGAGAAAAAGAAAUUCAGAUCUUUAUUCCAGUCUAGUUGAACCAAUGGCAGCUGCGGGUUUCAAUAGAGAUGCGACGCAACUGAGAACCAAAUGGAAACACUUGAAACAAGAUUACAAAUUAGAGUUGGUGAGAAUUGAUAAAAACGGUGCUGCGAGUUCAAGAAUGUCGUACUUUCAUUUGCUUCACGAAGUAUUGAGCUGCAAACCAAGCAAUGCUAUGACUUACCUUUGUGAAGUUGUUUCGAAUUCUCCUCCACGACUCGACACCGUAGAGGGUAUUAAGACUGAAUACAUGGAUGACAUGAAAAUGGACUCAGACUUCUACAGAGUGGCCGAACCGCAAGUCGACAUCAUUCAGACGUGCGACGUAGAAACGCAGACGGAAGGUACGCCGGAACAGCACGUAUUGCAAAAGUUGCACGCGUUGGAAAACACCAUCAACGUCCUGAGAGAAGAUUGGCGGAGAGAUCGGGAAAUGCAAAACAUACUGAUGGAAAAACACACGAGAAAGUUGUUGGAGCACCAGAAAACGCUGAUGGACAAUUUCUUUGCAAAAACCAAAUCGCAUUUAUUGAAAACCAAAAAUAAAGACUGAAGUUCGCGUUCUGGUGCGUCGCAGAACUCUGCAGCUGCAUCGAUUAUGUUCGUAACGCGAUUCUUUGUACCUCAAAGAACAUAUUAUUAUUAUUAUUAUUAUUUUAUUAUAUUAUAACUGAUGCAUACCUAUGUUUGUAAUACUCGGUUACAAAAAUGUAUGUAGGUAUUUCACGUUAAUGUUUAGCAUGUGUAAAUAUACGUUAUUGUACUAAAUUUAAAACUAUAUUAUAAUAUUAUGUCGUAAUAAUAAUUUUAGGACGGGACACUUUUCUCGGUAUAUGUAUAUAUAUAUAAUACUCAUUGACACUAAGAUAAAUAAAAAAAAAUUAUUCGUAUCAUAAAUAA